AUGUCAGACGUUACUAAUAAUAGUUCAACAAGUGUUAGUACGGUCAUAUCAACACAGAAUUCGAAACCGAUUCUUCAACUGGUUACAUGUCCGAUCUGUUUGGAGAUCUUUCGUGAACCUUUACAAUUACCUUGUCAACAUACGUUUUGUAAAUCGUGUCUUGGCCGAAUUACCGAAGAUCGGUGGGGUCGAUGUCCUGUUUGUCGCGGAUGUUAUCGUGUUCCAUUUGCUGGUAUCGGUUCACUUGAAGUCAAUCGUACAAUUGUCAAUUUACUUGAAAGUCUUUCCCAUACAGAAUUGCGACCAAUGCUUCAAGCUAAAUGCGCUCUUUGUAAAUUGGAUGAUACAAUCACAGUAUGUGAACAUUGCCGUGAAGCUAUAUGUUAUAAAUGUCGUUGUGAACAUUAUGAUGAAUUUUGCAAAUAUAUUUGUUUGAAAUUGAAUGAAACACAGCAAGAAACGGAGAAAUUAAUUGCAAAAGAAGUGGAAAGUAUCAAAAUUCACGAAGAAAAUGUCCGUCAAUCGAAUGAAAUUAUUCGAACGAUUAGAGAGAAAGUCAAUGGACUAAUAAGCACAAUAAAACAAGAAGAAAAUAAACUAAUACAAAAUGCACAAGAAUAUCACAAUUCUGAACAUAAAUUAAUCAACGAGAAAAGUCUUCGCCUUCAAAAUCUUACGGAUAUCAAAGCAUUUUGUUCGACAUCUCAAGCAAAACUUCGCAGCAAAAAAGAAACAGAUGAAGAAGCAAUUGAUAUACGAAAAAAUUGUGAAGAUUCGGUUGUCACUAUAAACGAUCUUCAAAAUCAAAUUCUCGUUGUCCGAACACCACAUCGUCGAAUUUCAUUUUAUAAUCAAGAUAUAUCAUUCGAUGCAAUUUCGUUGGGUUUUCUUGAGAUCACUCGUGAAUUGGAACCGAUUCAAAGUAAUCUUCAACUUCCGUCGAUGAAGAGCUUGUGUACAAAGCAGCAAAUUCCACUGGAAAAAAACGAGUCACCAAUUAUAAAAUUAUACAACGGAAAUCGAUGUUAUUCACCAUUUGAGAGUUAUAAACGAACACCACGAAUUAUUGGUCGACGUGGAACGGGACAAACGGAAUUUCUUCAUCCAUCGUCGUUAGCCUAUUCAAAGCAAGAGCAACUGAUUUAUGUAUGUGAUAUAUACAACAAUCGUUUAGUCACUUAUGAUAUCAAUGGAACAUUUCAACAUGUUUAUAAAGCAAUUAGCGAAGGAACAGAUGAACGAUAUUUUCAUAAUCCUUAUGCGAUUCACAUCGAUUCGAAGCAACGUCUCUAUCUUAUCGAUCAGUCGGAACGUCGUAUAAAAGUAUUCAAUCGUGAUUUGAAAUUACUUCGUCUUGUUGGCCAGUACGGCCAUGAUAACGUUGAGCAAUAUUCUGCGCCAAGCGAUCUAUGCACGAAUGAACAGAAUUUUAUCUUUGUAUGCGAUGCCGGUAGCCAUCGGAUCAUGAAAUACAAUGAGCAAGGACAAUUUCUUUUUGCUUGGGGCGGACUUGGAAAUGAAAAUGGCAAGUUGAAGUGUCCGGCUUGUAUUUGUAUGUUAAAUGGUGAUCGAUUGGCCGUAUCCGAUUGGGGAAAUGAUCGAAUACAAGUUUUCAGUAGUAGUGGCGAACAUUUGCUGUGUAUCGGUCAACGUGGAAAGCGAUUAGGUGAAUUUUCACGUCCGUUAGGUUUAGCGUAUGACGACAUAACAGAAAAAUUAUAUGUUUGUGACGAAGGAAAUAACCGGGUUACGAUCUUCAAUCAUGAUUUUAGUACAAAGGAACUUCUCCAUUCCAAAAUUGGUUUUAAUGGUCCGUAUGAUAUAUUAAUAUGUAAAAAUAAUCGCUUAUCAUAUUCUCCAUUCUCAUGUCUAAUUCCACCAACCAGUUCUCGAUCAGUUAUCGUUGAUCAAUUGUUCCCUGUCGAUCCGUUGUUUUUUUUUUCAAACAAGUGCUGUUCAUCGUCUGCUUUGCGUCAUCCAGUUAUGGCUAUGGGCGGGUUCGUUGAUGUAUGUGAGGAAGAUGCGGUUGAUGAUCCUAAGGGGGUCCCAUUGGAUUCGCAGCAUUCAGUUUCAAAGGAAGCGUUAAAUGCUUAUUUUCCCGGAGCGUUGGCUUUGAAGUACAAAAGGCAGGAAUCUGGAAAGUGGCUAUUUGUACCUCUUGAAAACGGACGGUUCUAUUUUGACGACUCAAUACUGGUGGAAUCAAACGUUUAUGUUGUUCAUCGUGUAAAAAGUGGUGGUACGGAAACAACAGCAGUUGACCAAGAUCGUCACACACCACCAAUGCAAGCGAAAAGAACUUUCUUUGCUUACGCUCAAUUGUUUUUAGGAGAGGAGAGCGUCGGGAUCCCUGGUACAGGAAUCCGACCAGAAGUUGUCGGAUGUCGAAAGUAUCGAAAAUGCUUGGGACCAUGUCAAAACCUUGAAAUUCCCACAUUUUUCGAUAUUCGGACAACUUCCGGUCGGAUUCAUGUACCAAGGGAUCUAGGUUUUAUCUGGCCUACUUACCGGAAUGGCUUCUCAGCUUCUCAAAUUCAUCUCAUAAGAAAUUGGAAUAAACACGCCAAAUGGUUACCUGUUGAAGUAAUAUGUAUUUCUGGAUAUACAUACACCUGUAAAUUGCUUGACGUCAUCAUCAACAACAACAACAAUAACAAUAACAGAAUUGGCCGUACCCAGGUUAUUAUGGCACGGUCGGUUCCGGCCGGAAGUUCAAACGUAGGUUCCGCUCAUUUCCCGGCCGUUCCCUGCAAACUUCGAGCCGGAAACGGUCAGGAACUGAUCGAAUAUUUCCUGUCCAAUUCCGGCCGGAAUCCGGCGGCAAGGAACCUAUCGGAACUAGCUGGAAUCGGCGAAAACUGUGCCGGAACCGACUCAGAUUUCAACGGAUCCAGUCGCCAGAAUGAUCGACCUGGGGAAAAGACUUUGUGUUUCUUUUGUCGUGGCUUCUGUUGGCGUUUCUCAUUGUGCGGAAAGUUCGUGACGGUCUGA